GGUCUCUCAGGCCGGCGGGCCGGCCUCCUAGCCGCGGGAGCGCAGCGAGCUCUCUGUGGCCCCGGGCAAGCUCCGCAUCUGUAGCGUAGCCUGCGGCCCGGGCCAUGGCUGGGCUCCCGAAGCUUGUGGUCUUCGACCUGGAUUACACGCUCUGGCCAUUCUGGGUGGACACGCACGUAGACCCCCCGUUCCACAAGGGCAGUGAUGGAGCUGUAAGAGAUAGGCGGGGCCAGACCGUCCGACUGUACCCAGAGGUGCCUGAGGUCCUGGAACGACUGCAAGGCCUUGGGGUGCCCGUCGCGGCCGCUUCACGGACAAGUGAGAUUGAAGGGGCCAACCAGCUGCUGGAGCUCUUUGACCUUGUCAGAUACUUUGUUCAUCGGGAAAUCUAUCCAGGCAGCAAAGUCACACACUUUAAGAGGUUGCAGCAGAAGACUGGAGUUCCUUUCUCCCAGAUGAUCUUCUUUGAUGAUGAGAAGCGGAAUAUUGUAGACGUCGGCAAACUGGGUGUAACCUGCAUUCAUAUUCGGAAUGGAAUGAGUCUUCAAACCCUAACUCAAGGAUUAGAGACAUUUGCAAAGGCCCAAGCCUGAGGUCCGGUCUUGUGGAUGAGCCUCAUUGGAGGCAUAAAACUGAAAGGAAAUCAGGAAGGCAUUUACAGGUGUCUUUGUAAAUUAUUAAAGUGUAUUUGCAUGUGACAGAAGA